CAUAUUUGACAUCACAUAGUUUCACUAUGUUUUGACGACAUCACGUUUGCAGUUGCUAAAGAAACAAACACAAAAACAGCCAAAUGGGAGCGUUUUACUGCUCUAUCUGCAGAAAAACUGAUUUUUCUGGAAAAGGACACAUUUAUGGGAAAAGCCACCAAAGCAAACUUAAAGUAAUUCUUGUCAAAUUCAUGGAAAAGGUCAAAGAAGCAAAGCGGACGAUUAAAAAUCCUCAGGUAGAGAAAUACAGUCCCGAUCAUGACGAGAAGUUCUGGUGUUACUGCUGCGCGCUAGAGGUGCAGAAACACGUGACUGACAGUAACAUCAGCGUGCUGUACGGAGGACUGCUGGAGCACAUGAGCACCCCAGAGCACCGGACAAACACACACAAGUUCUGGUGGGACAAUAAAGCAGAUCCUAAACUGCGAGACAAGUUUAUCAUAACAGAAGAGGAAACCGAGAGAUUCAAGUCUGAAGUUUCCAAGUCUCUGGAACAGUUUGAGGAAAAAGAGGAUGUGUUUAUUAAACAGCAAGCUGCAGUGAUCCGAUCUCAGGAGCAGCUCAGACUGGAGGUCCUUCAGUCAUUAUCAGAGCCUGAUCCAGACCUGGUGCAUCCUGCUGAAGUGGACCAACACAGCAGUCAACAUACAGCCAGUUCCCACAGUCACUCUUAUGAAAUGGAGCCACAACCAGGGCCGAGCCACGAGGAUUUCGCCUCACACAGUCAGUGGAAUGAACCAGGAUUCAACUUAACUUUCAUCGGUUACCAGGACUCGUCCAGCAGUGGAAACGUUCAUACUGGAGCUGUACCGCCGUGGCUCCUGGAGGAGCCUGAUGAAGCCCCAGGCAGUGGACGGCAGGAAAUGGGCCCCUCACUUCAGGGGUUCCUCAAACACAAGGAGCAGGAGAAGCUCAAGAAGCUUCCGGCCAACCGUGUGGGCGCAAACUUUGACCACAGCUCACAUACUGACGCCAACUGGCUGCCAUCUUUUGGACGUGUGUGGAAUAGUGGCAGACGCUGGCAGUCUAGGCAUCAGUUCAGAGAGGAGGAGACAAAAUCCAGGGGGAAGAGGAAGUGGGAAGGUGAUGGGAAAGCAACAAAGAAGCAAAAAGACCUCAGUAAUGGAGAGUUAUGAAGUGGAUGCCCCAAAUAUACUAGCAGUGUUAGAAAAGUGGACUAUUGGUUAUCUCAUAUUGAGAACUAGUAUCUUAAGGAGUUGACAAGUUUUGAACAUUUAUGAUGCGUUCGUUCCAGCUUGUGCAUUUCUGAAAGAAUUUUGACAAGAAAUGAACGUCAUUUGUGUUUCCAGUUUAUUGAAUACAUUUUUUUUUUUUUUUUUGCUACAGAUGUGUCAUUUAUUUUUUGGUCAUAAAUCCAAAAACAAAAUAUCCUUUCCACUCUCCUAAAAAAGGUAAAUGUGAUAAAAUGAAGACACAAUGUGCAAUAUCUUCUUUCCAUUUUGAACGAUACAUCAGUUCAGUCAAAUUUAAUAGAAUCUCAUCCAUUAGAGCUAUUUGAUGUUCUCAACGGAAAGCCAAGACCAUAUUAAUGUUCCAUAAUAUAAUAAAAUACCUCAAACGUCUAGACAGAAUAAUAAAAAUACAGAUUACAUUAAUAUUAAAGGAUACCUUGCAGUCUUUUAUUUUUCUUCUUUUUUUAGUAGUUUCUGUUAACAUAAUACAUGACUUAACGCAAUAGAAGAAGAAAAAGGUCUCUGUAAGAGAUGCAGUGUUGGUCAUAAUUGUACAAUACAUUACAUUUAAAAUGGACCGUUCAGGGUCUUCAUCAAGUUCCUGCACUGAAGCUUCUUUCUAUUUAACUUCAUUCUCAAAACCAAGAAAAACGUGUGUCGUAUCAGCUCGACCCGGCAACAUUACAAAAGGUCCGGUUUUCCCGUGGCCACAAGCCAGAGAAAACGCUUUCAGUAGCUUCAUUAAAUAGCAUGUGUUUUAUUAAGAGAGGAGGAAUGAGGAGAGACACCACCACAACCAUCAGCCCAUCCCCUGACUCAUUACUAGUAUCAUUUACCUUCAUCAUCAGUCCGCAAACGUUGGCCGUUCCUGUCUGAGAGCUCAUUUUAGGCUCACGUGAUAAUGGAGAUCUAAUAACACACUCUAGGACUUCACUAAGUUUUUCACACUACUCACCGCUGAUGUCAAACAUGGUUUCUACAUCGUAAAGUCACAUAUGCCGCACGCCGUAUCAAAACAGAAGUCAGGCAUUCGGUUUAUGCUAGCCAGGUUAAAGAUACUUUCAUUGGCUAAUAUAGACUCUAAUAUCUUAGGUUUGCUGAAGGAAUGCUGAGUCUUCUGUCCUCUGAAUGCAGAUGGUGGAGUGAUGAAACGUCCUUACAUGGCAAUCUUGUAAAAGAAAGUAGCCUGAGACCAGACUGGUGUUCAGAAGGACAGAUUUGUGAUGGGGUCGUCUUGUAGUGUGGUGUAAACACAAACUCCAGAUCUCCUGCCCAUUCUGUCCGUCUCCGUCCAUGCAUGAGCGAUGUUUUAGGAGGGGUAGCCCAGUGUCUCUGUGUCUCCUCCCGUCUCAAUAAACAGGAAGACAGCUCUACUUCACUAACUUUUAUCUGAGAGAUGGAUAAAAGAGAAAGAGAACUAUGAAUGAAAGCUCUUUUAGGGCAUCACAACAUCAAACCACUAACAGCUGCAGUACCUUUGUCUUCCUCUGUGUCAGUAGCGGGUUCCUCUGAUAGCUUUUGGCGUAGCUGGUUAUACUUGAUUUCUGUAUCCUGCAGAAGAGAUUUGAGUAUUAUUGUUUAUUUGUGCUAUGAUAGACUAAAACCAAAAAGACAUUUACCUGAUUUUUGUUUUUGAUAUAGUUGGACACUUGGUCACACUGUUAAAUGUAUGAAUCUUCUCACAAUAAAACAGUUUAUUUUUUAUU